CCUGCUAACUGCUGCCCGCGUGCCUUAGAGCCAGCCGCCCGCUUAACCCCCGUCUCCCUCCGCCCCAGCCUGGUCUCGUCAUCACGGCGGGACCGGCCCCUACUAAAUCACGACGCCGUCCACCGCCCGCAAGCGCAAGGCAGCAGAUUCUGUCGACAGUUUGACUCCGCCCGAAGCUCCCCGCAAGAAGAAGACGCCGGAGCCCGCUGUCGCCCUCCCCGCUACGCCUGUGACGACGACCUCGGCCAACAUGGAUUCAGACGAUGAGUUCAACAGCUCACAGGUGAGCGAGGAUGAGUUUAUGCAGGACAGCGAUGUCGACCUGGUAGACGAUGAUUCGGACUUCGACAUGGACCAGGACGAUGUGGGCUUCGAGACACAGGAUAAGGAUAUCAAACCAAGCAAGCAGGCCUACGAGGUUGAUUUCAAAGUCUUCGACCCCGAACAGAUACAACAGACCCAGGACAAGCAGAUCACCGAUGUAUCAGCCAUCCUCGGACAGCCACCCGAAGCCACCGCCAUCCUCCUCCGCCACCUACGAUGGAACAAGGAGCGCUUGAUCGAUAAGUAUAUGGAGGACCAGGACGGGAUUUUAGAGAGUGCCGGCUUGGGAGAGUCAGCGACGCAUAAUCCUCCGAAGAUAAUUAGGGUAAAGGGCUUCGUUUGUGAUAUUUGCUGCGAGGACGGCCCGGAGCUGGACACUUUCGCCAUGAAGUGCGGGCACCGCUUCUGCGUGGGCUGCUAUAGGCAGUAUCUAUACACCAAGAUCAAGGACGAAGGAGAGGCUGCGCGAAUCAGGUGCCCGGGUGAUGGGUGCAACCGGGUUGUCGACUCCAAGUCGUUAGACCUGCUGGUUGCCGAAGAUCUUCGAGAUAGAUACCAAGAACUCCUCACGCGAACCUACGUCGACGACAAGGAGAACCUCCGGUGGUGCCCCGCGCCGAACUGCGUAUACGCCGUCGAGUGCGGCGUUAAGGAUAAAGAGCUCAAACGGAUUGUACCAACUGUGCACUGCGAAUGCGGCCACUAUUUCUGCUUCGGGUGCUCGCUCAACGACCAUCAGCCCGCACCGUGUGCGCUGGUUAAGAAGUGGCUCAAGAAGUGCGAGGACGACUCCGAGACUGCGAACUGGAUAUCGGCAAACACAAAAGAGUGCCCGAAGUGCCACUCGACAAUCGAAAAGAACGGCGGGUGUAACCAUAUGACGUGCCGGAAAUGCCGACACGAGUUCUGCUGGAUGUGCAUGGGUGUGUGGUCAGAGCAUGGAACGAGCUGGUACAACUGCAAUCGAUACGAAGAGAAGAGCGGCUCAGAGGCUCGGGAUGCUCAGGCAAAAUCUAGGCAAUCACUGGAGCGGUACCUCCAUUACUACAACCGAUACGCGAACCACGAACAAUCUGCGAAGCUCGACAAGGACAUCUACCUUAAGACGGAGAAGAAGAUGCAGCAGCUGCAGAACACUACGGGCAUGUCCUGGAUCGAGGUGCAGUUCCUCGAUACGGCAUCGCAGGCUCUCCAGCAAUGCCGACAGACCUUGAAGUGGACCUACGCGUUCGCUUACUACCUUGCGCGCAACAACCUGACCGAGAUCUUUGAAGACAAUCAGAAGGAUCUGGAGAUGGCGGUCGAGAACCUGAGUGAGAUGUUCGAGAAGCCCAUUGAUCAGCUCAAGGGGCUUAAGGUCGACAUGAUGGACAAGACUGCUUACUGCAACAAGAGGCGCAUUAUCCUCUUGAACGACACGGCGGAGAACCUAAAGCAAGGGAAUUGGGAAUUCAACGUCUCAAUGUCUUGAAUACCCCAUAAGCACCUCCCUGCUAAACAGUGUGCAGUUUAUCGACACUGGUACACGCCUCAGGUCCUCCGGCUCAUCUAUGACCCCCUCAUCCGGCAUGGCAAGCCCGGCUAUGGCGCACCUUCGCAACAUACUGCAAAGAGCCCGCGGCUCCAACCGUUGAAACGACUACGAGCGAACCAUCGUCUGGCUCAUUAUCUAGGCCCUCAUUUCCUUGUCUCUGUAUAGCAUUGCCGGUGUACUACCCCUCUCUACUUAUCCCUGCGCUUUUUGGAUCACGGAUGAUGAUGAUGGCAGUGCAGGGCAUAGGUUUCCUCUUUAGAUAGGGUCAAUAGUGUCCGGGAAGGCAGCUGGGGAUGGGGUUGUCCGGCGUUCUUUGCGGUUGCGACAGGCUUUAGCACGCAAAUAGGCAUAGCAUGGGUCACGAUAAGGAAUAGAUCCCAAUUAUAAGAGCAUGUUGAAUGUCCGAAAAAGAUUUAUCAG